AAAGCAUCUAAUCUGCAGGACGCCUCCGCUGACGGCAGGCGGUGCUGCGGUUCUAUAAGCCGCCCGAGGGCGCCUUCUCAACGCCAACCCGCUUCUACCACCGGCAGACACUGGAAAACACGUGUCUUUGGGAAGAGCUGCCCGGCCAGCUGCAAAGGAUGCUCUUCACCCGCUUCCGGCGCGAAAAAGAUUUUCCCUUGCAUGAUCCCGAUGCUCUGGGCAAUAAAAACGCAUGCUUAGUUUCACGCGCGCUUCCACCUUCUGGCUCCUCUAACCCUGCAGAGACCUCCCGCCAAUGGUGCCAGAUCAGGGCCACGCCCACGCAGCGCCUGUACCAAGUCCCGCGCACCAAACGAUGAAAUGAGAAGCGGCCAACCUAUGCAUUUGCUCGAGCGAAGCGCAAAAUGCCACGCUGCGGGGCAGAGCCCCGAACCUGACACUGCACCUGCAAAAAUGCACGAGCCUCGGUCUACUAUCAAGUUCCCGGAGGAGAGCGCCGGGCUGGCGGGAUGUUCGAAUUUCAUUGGCUAGUCCUCGGACGGCUCCACCUUUUUCCGUCAACUUCGGCUCUCUUAUUGGUUUAUGGGUUCCUGCUGGCCACACCUCCUCCCCUCACACAUACACAAGAGUCACGCGCCUUGCAGUUGGAAACUUGGCGUGGUGAGGGGGCCGGGGUAAAGAUCGCCCCACCCCGUUAUCUUGCUAUUGGCCCAUGGGGCAGCCGGUGGCCACGCCUUCAUUCCAGCCCCCUAGCUGAGAGGGCGGGUGCUCGCUCCUGACUGGUUGGCCUACCUGUUCUUCAAGUGGGUGCCUGACCGCUCCCGCCUCCUCCUCCUCCCCACUCAGUCUAGAGGUCCAGUAUUUGGCCCCGGCAGUGUCAGUGUCAGCAAGGGAAGGGGGCAGUGAAGCGCCGGGGGAGGACUCCCAGUGGCAGCCCAGCUGAGGUGCCGGUGCCUGCGCCUCGGGCAGCCAGAGAGAAGGAUGAAGCCGCAGCCGGAGCAGCCCCCUUAUGAUUGGCUGUGGCGGUUGUAAGCCCGGAGUAAAGAUGGCGGGCGGGCCGGUGGCCGCCGCACUGCCCACUUGGAAGAUGGCGGCGCGCCGCAGCCCCAGUGCCCACGGCCGGGAGGUCCUGCGGGUGGUGGCGGGGCUGCUGCUGGUGCUGAGCUGCUGCUGCAGCGGGGGCAGCUGCGCGGGGGCCGGCGAGGCGGAGGAGACGGUGAUCAUCGGGCUGAGGCUGGAAGACACGAACGACGUGUCGUUUAUGGAAGGGGGGGCGCUGCGGGUGAGCGAGCGGACCCGGGUCAAGUUGCGGGUCUACGGGCAGAACAUCAACAACGAGACCUGGUCUCGCAUCGCUUUCACUGAGCACGAGCGGCGGCGGCAGGGCCAUGGGGAGAGGGGAGCCGGGGGCCCCCUGCAGCCGGAGCCGGAGAGCGGCCCCCAGCGCUGCGGCAUCCGCACCUCGGACAUCAUCAUCCUGCCCCACAUCGUCCUCAACCGCCGCACGUCGGGCAUCAUCGAGAUCGAAAUCAAGCCUCUGCGCAAGACGGAGAAGAGCAAAUCCUACUACCUGUGCACGUCGCUCUCCACGCCGCCCGUGGCGGCCGGCGGCCCCGGGUCAGCGGGCAGCGCCGUAGGGGGCAAAAGCGGCCGCGGCGUGGCCGGACUCCCUCCGCCCCCGUGGGCAGAGACCACCUGGAUCUACCACGAUGGCGAGGACACGAAGAUGAUCGUGGGGGAGGAGAAGAAGUUCUUGUUACCUUUCUGGCUGCAGGUGAUCUUCAUCUCGCUCUUGCUCUGCCUCUCGGGGAUGUUCAGCGGCCUCAACCUGGGACUGAUGGCGCUGGACCCCAUGGAGCUGCGCAUCGUGCAGAACUGCGGCACAGAGAAGGAGAAGAAUUACGCCAAGCGCAUCGAGCCGGUGCGCAGGCAAGGCAACUACCUGCUGUGCUCCCUGCUGCUGGGCAACGUGCUGGUCAACACUACCCUUACCAUCCUGCUGGACGACAUCGCGGGCUCCGGCCUGGUGGCCGUGGUGGUUUCCACCAUUGGCAUAGUCAUCUUUGGGGAGAUAGUGCCUCAGGCCAUCUGUUCCCGGCACGGCCUGGCAGUGGGCGCCAACACCAUCUUCCUCACCAAGUUUUUCAUGAUGAUGACCUUUCCUGCCUCCUACCCGGUCAGCAAGUUGCUGGACUGCGUCCUGGGCCAGGAGAUCGGCACGGUCUACAACCGCGAGAAACUGCUGGAGAUGCUUCGCGUCACCGACCCCUACAACGACCUCGUCAAGGAGGAGCUCAACAUCAUCCAAGGGGCGCUGGAGCUCCGCACCAAAACGGUGGAGGACGUGAUGACUCCGCUGCGAGACUGCUUCAUGAUCACUGGAGAGGCGAUCCUGGAUUUCAACACGAUGUCGGAGAUCAUGGAGAGCGGCUACACUCGCAUCCCGGUCUUCGAAGGGGAGCGCUCCAACAUCGUGGACCUUCUCUUUGUCAAGGACUUGGCGUUCGUGGAUCCCGAUGACUCCACUCCCUUGAAAACCAUCACGAAGUUUUACAAUCACCCUUUGCAUUUUGUUUUCAAUGACACUAAGCUGGACGCCAUGCUGGAAGAGUUUAAGAAAGGUAAAUCUCACCUGGCCAUAGUGCAGCGGGUAAACAAUGAGGGAGAAGGGGAUCCAUUCUAUGAAGUACUGGGAAUUGUCACUUUGGAAGAUGUGAUUGAAGAAAUCAUCAAGUCGGAGAUCCUAGAUGAAACAGAUUUAUACACUGAUAAUAGGACUAAAAAGAAAGUGGCCCAUCGGGAAAGGAAGCAAGAUUUCUCUGCCUUCAAGCAGACAGACAGUGAGAUGAAGGUUAAAAUAUCACCACAGUUGCUCCUGGCAAUGCACCGUUUCCUAGCAACAGAAGUAGAAGCAUUUAGCCCGUCCCAGAUGUCAGAGAAGAUCCUUCUAAGGCUGCUAAAACAUCCCAAUGUCAUCCAGGAGCUGAAGUAUGAUGAGAAGAACAAGAAAGCCCCAGAAUACUACCUCUACCAGCGAAACAAACCUGUAGACUACUUCGUUCUCAUUUUGCAGGGGAAGGUGGAAGUUGAAGCCGGGAAAGAAGGGAUGAAGUUUGAAGCGAGCGCCUUCUCCUACUACGGCGUGAUGGCGCUCACGGCGGCUCCAGUUCCUCUGUCCCUGUCUCGUACCUUUGUUGUCAACAGAACAGAGUUGUUAGCAGCAGGUUCUCCAGCUGAAAACAAGUCACCUCCUCGUCCAUGUGGCUUGAAUCAUUCUGAUUCUCUCAGUCGAAGUGACCGGAUUGAUGCAGUGACCCCAACAUUAGGGAAUAGCAACAACCAGCUUAAUUCGUCUUUUCUUCAAGUGUACGUCCCUGAUUACUCAGUGAGAGCCCUCUCAGACAUUCAGUUUGUGAAGAUCACAAGACAGCAGUACCAAAAUGCCUUGAUGGCAUCCCGGAUGGACAAAACUCCUCAGUCUUCAGACAGCGAAAACACUAAAAUUGAACUGACUCUUACAGAGCUGCAUGAUGGGUUGCCAGAUGAAACGGCUAACCUGCUCAAUGAACAGAAUUGUGUGACUCACAGUAAAGCCAAUCACAGUCUGCAUAGCGAAGGCGCCAUCUAGGACUUCUUGGCGGCCCCUCGCCCCCGGAUGGUCAUGGUCUGAAGCGGGGUCCUGCCGUGUCGCUCCCCUCUGAGCUCGGUCUCCUGAGCAGGACCCUCUGGCCCGAGUCGCCCCCGCCUUCUCCCCGUCUGACUGCGUCUACCGCUAGUAUGUGCCCCUAUGCCGUGCUGCCUCCUGCACCAUUCUGAGACCAAAGACUUUGUGCCCUUCCUGGGAACAGCAGAGGAAGCAAAGCAAGGGAUGGCACGGGAGGCAAGCCGCAGAGCCACCUGCCCAGAGACCGUCAGCCAGAGUCCAGACAUGUGCUUCCUCCUGCUCCAAUAGAAUCAUGUUUAUUUUUCCGGCCAGAUCUUUUAUCCUGGUUCAUUUGCCUCCUUCUUUAGAUAAGCAUGAAGAAGUUUAAAAUUGUUGCAAUUUAUUUUUUUCAAGAGAUCAUGUUUUUAAAUAUCUUUUGCAGAGUUUUAAAUUGUUUUUGUUUUGUCCAAACUCUGCUGUGAUCCUAGAAACUGAUCCAGCUCAGGUGGAUUUUGCUUCCCCCCCCCCCCCCCGCCCCCCACUGGUCUCUGGGUUUUUUUCCCAGCAGCCUCGUGAAUAGGCAGCCACAUCAUUCCCAUGUGAAUCCCCCUCUCCCCCAAAGGACACAGUGAAGAAAAUGGGGGUCAUCUUAGAUAUGGCGGACCUUCCGAGUUUGCUACUGUCUGAGAGUGGUUCAGAGAGUCGCCUGCUGACCGGGAAUUGGAUGGUUAACUGGACCUCUUUCCCUCAAGAAGUCUUAGAAUUUGAUUUGGAAAUGUGGUUUUGCUCCCACACAAGAGAAUUUUAACAACAAAAUGUGUUUUAUUGAAUUUUAAACUUGUUGGAUAACAGAACAAUGGGCCUGGGGAAUAUUGAGCCUAUCAGACUGGUGCCCAGCCUAGGCAGGGAAUCUCAGGUUCAGGUCAGCCUUCCUCCCAACCCUGGGGCAUCCCUUCUCUGAUGAGGAGGGGGAGAGGACAAGGAGACCGCCCACCCCUCAGCUUUAAAGAGCUCUAACUCCCUUUCCCCAAAGCUCAUUGUUGCUCCUCCAAGAUGCUGCUAUACCGAUGCCAAAAGGAAAUCUUCUCUGGGGCUUUUCAAUAGAAACACGGUGUGGAUUCUGAGCUCCUCUCGGUCCUGAAAUCUAGUUGUCAGAGACGGCAUUUUCACUCCGGCCCCUGUCAUUGGAGACACAGGAUUAGAGCCUCAGUUUCCAAGGGGGUGGGGGCUCGCGGGCACCUUUCAGGGAAGCAGCUCUUGCGUUUCCCCUCCCUUCUCUCUCACUGUUCUUUUAGACGUUGUCUGGGGGCCGGCCUAGGGAGCCGCCGGCUCUGGGUCAGUAGCGCCCCCUCCGGCAGAUGGUCUGCGGAGCUGUGGGACGGGACCACUGGGCCCCCGUGGGUUUCCAGAAACCAAAUGUGUAUCAUGGCCAGUAUAUGUGUGUCGCUUCUCAAUACCAAAUGCCAUCAUCUGUUGUCAAAUCCAGGCCAACGGGCGCUGCUUGACUGGUCAGACUCGCUCCUUGUCCACUUUGGGAGUGCUAGCUUAAGGGAAAUGUGCCUUGUGAGGGCAGCAUUCACAUAUUGAAAUGAACCGAUGUUGACCACGGCUUUCUUAUGGACUUUCAGUACAUGUUGCAUCUAAACACUAGCAAACUAUGUAGCAUUUCCUUCUUUCUUUGUUCAUUUGAUCAGAAUGAGCUCCAAGUAUAUUUAUCCUCGGUUUGAAGUGAUGGGAUUAAGUAGUUGCUUUCUCCCUCCCCUAAGGAUACAAGUAGCCCCAGGUGGUAUAUUGGGUUUAUCCUUCUGGUGGGGGGAGGGGAGGGGAGGGAGGGAGGAAGAAAGAGUGGUUUCUGAGAAGAUACAUAAUGUCAGCCUCAAAAUGUGACCAAAACUUGAAUGUUUCACUGCUUAACUGUCUUAGCAGCUGUGCCCGACCCAGUGGAAGGACUUGGUGUUCUCCCAAAGUGGGUUGUUAGCCCAGCAUUCUGGCAUGUGUGAUAGCCCUGGGAGAUGCUCAGGACUACUCAGUGGUUCAGAUGAAAGGCAUCCAAAGGAUAUCCCUCAGUUGAGGUCAGAUAUGUUCACAGAAAAUUCCAUCCUAGACAAAACGUUUUUGUUUCCUGAUGGGCUCUAAAAAGAUUGUGAAUAGUUUGUAACUGUGAAGAGAAGGGUUGGGUUAGGGCAUCUGAGCCUGUCCUUUAAUGGAAUCAACCUGAGCUUCAAGAUAGAAUAGUGAGAGGCAGGCUGCUCUGUGGGUCUUGGAACCCCUAAUCUUAUUUUCUCUGCCAACCCCAGAGGGGUUCUUGAGCCCUCAAAGUUCUUUAUCUCACAAUCACCCUAGUGGGCUUCUGGCUUUCCAAAUAUAGCCCUACCCAAAGCUUUUGGGCACAACUUUCUAAAGGAAAACUUAGCAUGUUAAUAACCAAAAAAGAGCCUUUUCCCCCUAAGAUUUCGUGAUCUUGCUGUUAUACUCUGUUCAGAUUGGUCGGUUUAGAUUGGGUUGGAUUGUGUUGAGAGAAAUCCUACAGUAUUGUGAGAUUUGGGGAAACAGACUAAAAAACCACUUACUGAUUGCUUGACUUUGGGCCCAGUGUAGUAAAACCUCUCAACUUGUUUUUAUUCAAAGAUAUUUGCCUUUUUGAAGAAUGUUUUUAUGUGGAGGAACUCAUGGUUCAGAAGUAAAGUCCAUAGUAAAAAUUUUAGCAGAUUUCUGUCCCAAAUAUUUGCAGAUAUCAUUCUAACUCAUUUUUCAGAAAUGAAAUCCAAGACAAAGUUAUGAGAUGUUAUUAAUAUUAUAAACAUCAGAUUAUUAAGUAUAAUUUCAUUUUGACUUUUGAAAAUAUUUUAUACCAAAAUUUGAUGAAUACUAGGGAUUUUGAACAUUUUUAGACAAUACUCAGAAAUCUGGUUCUUCAAUAUCUCCUUCUGGCCUCCUUUCAACUUUGGGAAUUGACACAAUUGCCCCUCAGACAAUGCAGAGGAGGCGCCUCAAGCUGAGAUGAACUCUUUACACACACUCAAGUUAAUGCCUCCCAAGGAUUGUUAUUUUGGCUUAAGACUUUCUCCUCCAAUUUCUUCUGGGCAUUAGUUGACAUGAAUCCACAAUCUAUGUCAACCAAAUAAUUACACCAAGAAGGGGAGGACAGUGUUAGUAACUAGUGCCAAAAACAUCUGGGAAGAAGACUCCUGAAUUAUUCCAUGUGCUGCAUAGACUGCUAAAAAGAAUCAAAAGUAGAUUGGCUUCAUGAGCUAUAAUGGGAUGCUUCAGGAUCCUAAAACUCCGGGAGACAGAUUACUGCCCCCGUCUAGGAAUUAGAAGUCUAGGCCAUGUACAAUAGAAACCCUUAAAAUCAGGAGGCCUGAAAGGAUAGGUUGGGCGCCAGAGUAAAGCAAGGUGGUGGGACCAAGUCCUGAAAGGUCAUGAUGGAUUGAAACAACGUGAACGGACUAAUGUGAUGAUGUGAAAGCCUCACCUGGAAUAUGAUCCCAAAUGCUCAGUAAUUCUCAGGGUUUGCUCCUUUUCCUCUACACUUGAUUUCUGCUCUGUACUCAUGGGCCACGGUAAAUUCUUUACCAAUUAUGGGAAACAAGGGCUUAGGACUUAGUCUAAGAAAGUUGAACUGCUAGUUAACUUGAGUCUGUCUUUACCAAGUUUUGUACUCAUAGGAAAGAUAUAGCAUAUGGCUGUUCUCUAUUAAUCUACCUUUGGCACCAGAGUUCUUUGAGUAGCAUAGGAAAAUUGAAGCUGAGCCCUUGGAUGCACUCCACCAUGCAUAAGUCCUUUGUACCUAAUGGCCUAGCACUGUCAGUCUGAAAAGAUAAUUGUGAAAAUGUGAGGUUUUUUCUUUGAUCAAGCAGACAAAACACUUGGCCAACAUUUCUCAGCAAGAAUUUAAAUCCAAUUGAGAUUCAGAAAGUUUCCCCCAAAUUCAGUGACAGAGGUCUUUGUUUAUACAAGAUCAUGACUCAUCAGCCCCUUGAAACUGCCUCCUCGAGCCUUGUGGUAAUAUGUUUUUAGUCAGGCAACUGUGAUUGGAUCCAGGAAGGUAGACAAUGCUGGGGCUGGCAGAAAGACCCCUAAUCUCACUUGUCAUUUCAUCCACUAAUCCGUCUAUCAGAAGGACAAUCCCAGCUCACUGUGCUCCCUGGCAGUGGAGAUGCCCUGCAAAAUCUGGAAUGAAAGAGUGUUGCUCUGUCCCCAGUGACUGAGAAUGGAAAGGUUGAUAGAAGUAUGUUUUAGAGCAUCAUCCCAGGUUGUCUGAUCUCCUCAAUGAAAUUUUUAAUUGGAACAAUGAUCCCCUUUCUCUGCUCUGAUCCUGGUACCAAAGAGGAAUUAUUCUUAGAUGAAAGCAAAUUUAAGGAAUUAGGAAAAGAAAAUAAACAGAUGGUAGCAUAUGCCAUCUGUGGAGGGGAUAGAGAAAGGAGAAAACGACUGUUUGCCAGAGGUGUCAUAUUGGGACUUCCAAAUCUUCUGAUUUAUUACUAAGAAAAUUCUCCUGCCUUAUACUUUUUACUAACCCAUUAGGCUCUGGGUAAACAAAUUUCCUCCAUGAGGUUAUCCUCAGUCACUUUAACUCUCUCUCUCCAGAAUUUGGGAUUUGGGUUAAAUUGAAGGAGAUUUUUGGCAUAUUAUAAGAUCAAUAGCAAGAAGAGUCACAAUUUUUUUUUUUUUUUUUUUUUUUUGCUUGACUAGUCAUUGGAUCCUAGUUGGAUGGAUUUCUCAUACCUCAGAUUUAUAAUUCUUUAUUUUAAUGACAAUUUCCAUUCUCUUUUGCAAAGUUUAUUAGGAAGCUAAAUUUUAGAAAAUCUUCAAAAUUAAAGUUUAUUCUGCAUCCCUCCUUUUGAAAAGUCAAAGUUAUCCCCGUCAAGCCUAUAUGAGGAAGGAGCCACUCUUCCUCCUCCUAAGGGAUUUCUUUCCUGCAGACAUUUCUUAAUGCCCAUGAGUGCAGCUUUGUUGCUUUCUAGAUUUGUCUGCAGAGGAGGGAUGGAGUGGGAAGGAGGAAAUGUCGGGUUCCCUUUAGCCGCUUUUCUCCCAGACUACCUCUGCCAGACAUCUUUCCAGACUGACAUUGCGAGUCAUUAGCUCAUUGUCAUGGAGAGGAGGCCUGAGAGAAACUUUGGCCACGUGUCUCAUAUAGGGGCCUGGACUUGCUUCUCUGGCCUCUGCCGUGUGACCUCAGCUAGGCUCUCUGACAUUCUGGAGCUCCCUGUAUUAUCAGAAUUGUUAUAAUUAUUGGAUACAAAGUGACUUGUACUGAACUGUUAGGGAAAGGAGAGUCUAUAUAAUCUGGGACAGCUGCAGUUUGGGGCAUUAUCAGUGUUCACGCACAGACAUUCAUACCUUGGAUCAAAACCUCAGACCUCCAGUUAGUUAUGGGGCUUUUUAGGGAGGGCUAGCUGCCCUUCCUCCUGGGAUAAGACCCUUCUGCAGCCAGAGUUCCAGUCCAGUUCUCACUGGUCCUCCCAGGAAUCUGCCUGGGCAAAGCUAGUAAAUAAUGCCGGGAAGGGGGUACAGAGAAUCGCAGGGGCGCCCUCAUUGAAGACCACUACUGGAGUCUGCUGGAAGGUCACUGGCAAGUGGGGCAUUUGCUCUACAUUGAUGAUGGCUCCUAUCUGGUACCGUUACUUUGUCUUUAAACAGUAUUUAAGAUCCCCACAAAGGCUGAGGGAGGUGAGAAUGAUAGAGAUCAUCCUUUUAUUCCCACAGAUAAUCUACAUCUGGUCUGGCUUCAGCUUAAUCUUGAAAUGUUGCCAUUGCUCUGUGCCGAGGUCAGUUGUAAAGGGUUUAGAACCUGGAGGGUGAGGAUGGAGCAAGGACUUCUUAUUCCUGGAAUCCUUUAAAUCCUCAAGUGUACAUGCUUUAUUUUAUAUUAUUAUUAUUAUUAUUUAUUAUCAUGUAAAUACAUCCUUCCUGUUUUCUUCCAGUCUUAAGGUGGAGAAAUCCUUAUCUGAUUUCUACCAGAUAGGCUCUGUUUUUAGAAUAGGAUUUUGCCCUCAUCAGCUGGUCCUAAGGAUCUUUCUCUCCCCUUUCUUCUAGGAGCAGAGGUUGAGGGAUGUAGACUCGACCUUGGACCUUGCCUUCUUAGAUCUCAGUAGCGAUUAGUAGGCAUCUUUUGAUGAAGUGAGGAAAUUUUGUCUUCCACUGGCCGCUAAAGAGAUAAUUCCUAGAUUUCUUCCCCUUGCUGCAGAAGAUAGCAAUGGUUCAGGGUACUAGAAAGAACCAAAUGUUGUGCUUUCCCUCUCCUUCAGGGAGCUGCUCUUAGGUUUGUCUCAGAGACUCCAAACUUAGAGAACCUCAACAUCUUUGGAGUUGCUUUCAGAGUUUAGGGAGAGGGUGAUUUGAGACUCCGGGGAAGAAGCUCUGACAUUGCAAAAGUGACUAAGCCUGGAAUAAUUUGGGAGUUGAAAGGCUGGUGGGGGAAAUGACCAAGAGAAAUACAAUGGAAAUGGGAAUGGAGGAGAAAAAAUUGUUUUAUUCAAAUGAUAAACAAGCUUAGGCCCUGGGGAUACAAACAGUUGUAAAAAUGGCACAUCAGGCAAUCUUAUCCCUUUAUUUCCUCUGCCAAGUGCCAGGCACCCAAACCUAAAUUGUUUCCAUUUUCCCAUCUCAGAUUGCAGAAUUUGUCUGGACCAUGGAAGCUGCCUUGCCCCAUCUGGGAUCUUAAAAUGCCUUUUUCUUUGAUUUUGAGGUAUCCAUUUCCCCAAACAGUGACCAUUCCCUUGUCAGCUCAGGGUGGCCAGUGGAGGCUGCCUUGGCCUUUUAGAGAGGAUCUCUCUUAGGGUCUGAUUUUCAUACUCUGAUCUUUGUUCAUUGUAUCAUAUGUACAUUAUGUGCUUUUCUGAGAUGGAGGCUUCUGAAUCCAGUAUUUGGGACUGUAUGCAUAAACUUGCGUAAGCACAAUGAUGGUGAUGAUGAUGUGUAUACAUUUCAUAAGCUGAUUGUCAUAAUGAAUGCAUUUUAUAAUUCAAAUGAUGUUGUAGAUUUACAAUCUCUCCUAUUUAUUUUGUACUGAUUUAUUUGUAUAUUUUGUGAUUUGUUUAAAAAGGGUUUUAUUCUUUUUAGAUAAAAAUGGUGAUUUUUCUGUUCAA